AUGUCUUCCACCAAGAAGACUCGUCAAGCUGUCGGUGGCAGAAAGAGUGCGCGCAGUGCGAAGAAGUCGGCUCCAGAGACGCCUCGUCGCGGUCAAAAGCCGUCUGCCGAAGGAUCUUCCACCAGCGGCGUCGAAAAGCCGAAAGUUGUCGUCAAGCACACUGCAAACCAAGACGAUAUGUCUUCAUCUGAGAACGAGGACCAGCGACCACCUGUGAAGAAGCAGAGAACUGCUGCUGUCGAAGAUUACGACGCGAGUGUAAACCAAUCGGGCGAGGCCGUCACUCCUUCUCCUAGCAAACCUAUCGACCUCACAGCUUCGCAGAACAACGAAGUCACGCGCAAGCCUCGAGAUUCCAGCAAGACGUCUGGCAAAGUGUCGUCGGCUGGGCCAGGUACUGUAGCCACCAAAUUCGCUGUCCCUAAGACUUCAUACAACUCUCCGUCUGGCAAAGGCUCCAUCUCUGGUCGCAACAAUGGCCAGCAAGGCAGCUUAUUUGGCGGCCAGACCCAGCACAUGGGCGGCUUCAACGGCUUCCAGUAUGGCAACAACUUCCAGGGCCCUGUUGGUGCUCCUAUGGCGCAGUAUCAGCCAUAUGGCUACCAAGGUCCGAUGAUGAUGAACACCAUGAAUGGACCAAUGAUGUUCUACCCUAUGCCGAUGCCAAUGCAGAUGCCAAUGUCGGUGGCUGGCUUCAAUCCUGCUAUGCGAGGUACUCAGGACGGGAGCUACAGCCAUGGCCGUGGCGAUUCGCUUCGAGCAAGUGCAGCCACCUCAAGCACUUCAACUCGUGAAGUCAAGCCAGUCACCAACACCAUGUCUCGUGGCUCAAGUCAGUCUGGUGCCGCCACGCGCGGCAAGUCAAGCAGCGAAGUCAAGCGACCCGCAUCUCUCGACUUCCUGUAUACCAACAAAUACUAUACGCCGCCUCCUGCCCCUGGUAGUGUGGCCGUUCUGGCUGCACCGAAGCGUGGUCGGGCUGCUUCGAAGAAGACUGGUGUGCCAAGCAUUGCUCCCGCCUCAUUUCAACUGAAGACUGAAGCCUCCAAGUCGAAGCCGCUAGCGCAAAACAAAAAGGAUUUCGGACCUCGCGCACAAUCUGCACCCGAGAUCAUCCUGCUUGAGAGCCCUACCGAGUCGCAGCCACCAUCAAAGACCUCGAAAGCCAUCACGAUGACUGCUGAGACUCCCCUUCGCGUUGUUGCUACUGCCAAAGGCGGAAAGCAGCAGUCCACAGUCACCGAAUCACCAAUGAGCAUUUCCUCGGCUGACUCUGCCCACGAGAAGACUGUGCGAUCGCCAACAAAGUCUCGCUACAACGUUGUGCCUCCUCCAUUUGUUCCGCGCGCCUCCGACUUUGCGGUUCCCACUCCAUCUGGGUUUGCCAUGACUGUCAAGCCUCGAUCUGUCUACUAUGGUACUCCUCUCGUGCCCACUCGCACUGAGGCUCUCGAGGUCUCAACCACCGCCGCCAAGAAGUCCGACAACGGUCCGCCGACUGGUUCGUCCGUCGCGUCGUCCAACAAGACUGCUGAAUCCGGCAACACCACCGCUACCACCUCUCACUGGAAGCACAACUACGGCCCCUACCAACACCUUCGUUCCCCCAAUCCCAACGAUGACUGGGUCGAUGAUGGUCAACCCAUCUACAAUCCUUCUGUCCGCUGGGACGCGACCCCCGAGGAGAAGGCCGCAUAUCGCGAAGAGUACAAGAUCCAGGCUGCGAAGCAUGCCGUCCGAUACAAGCGUGUGGCUCUAGCAAUGAAGGAUGGCGAGCACCUGCCUCCGGAUUUGGUCAAGUACGUGUCCAAGGCCGAAUUCGACGAGUUGAUCCGCAAGGGCUAUGCAAGAUUCGAUAUCUGUAAGAUUGCAAGCGCACGUAAGAUUGAGAAGGCGAAGGACGAGGGCACUUUGUGA